AUGGCAGCUCCCCAAGUUCACCACCUCUUUCACAAUCCCAUCGCCGACCACUCCUUCUCGUCUGAUAAGCAGACGCUUGCUGUUGCGCGGGAUAGCAAUGUGGAGCUCUACCAGAACUCAGGCACCAAGUUCUCGUUGACCGAUGAGUUGAAAGGCCACGAGAAAAUUGUUACUUCGGUCGACAUUGCCCCUAACAGUGGACGCAUUGUGACUUGCUCUCAGGAUCGUAAUGCAUAUGUUUGGGAGCGCACUCCAUCGGGCUGGAGGCCAACUUUGGUUCUUCUUCGAAUCAACAGGGCUGCAACAUUUGUGCGAUGGUCCCCCUCCGAGCAAAAGUUCGCCGUUGGCUCAGGGGCCCGUGUUAUCGCGGUAUGCUACUUUGAAGAAGAAAAUGACUGGUGGAUUUCGAAGCACCUGAAGAAGCCAAUCCGCAGUACCAUCACGACCCUUGCGUGGCACCCAAACUCUGUUUUGCUGGCUGCUGGAUCCACCGACUCCCACGCAAGAGUCUUGUCUAGCUUCAUCAAGGGAGUUGAUACUCGCCCGGAGCCAAGUGCGUGGGGCGAGCGUCUCCCCUUCAACACAAUUUGUGGGGAGUUUUUGAAUGACUCAGCUGGCUGGAUUCACGGAGUUAGCUUCUCUCCCAGUGGCGAUGCUCUUGCAUUCUCCGGACAUGAUAGUAGCGUGACUGUUGUAUACCCAAGUGCUCCAGAGCAGCCUCCUCGAGCGAUGUUGAACAUCUCAACUCGCUUCCUGCCAUUCAACAGCCUAAUCUGGAACGGAGAAAAUGAAAUUAUUGCCGCCGGUCAUGACUGCGAGCCAUACCGCUUCCGUGGUGACGAGAGUGGGUGGCAGCUUACUGGGACAGUUGAAAACAAGGCAGGCUCGGGCGCUGGUAGUGUCCGCGAGGAGUCUGCCCUUAACCUGUUUCGGCAAAUGGACCUCAAGGGACAAACCCAGGCUGAUACACAGCUCAAGACAAUCCACCAGAAUACCAUUAGUACGAUGAGAGUGUAUGAAGAAGCCGAUGGUGCUGUCCGCAAGUUCAGCACGCAAUUAUUCCAUUUCUCCACCUGGAACACAGGCCCUUUGCUCUCGGACUCAUGUGGCUAUAUCGCUCUUUCUCAUCCUCCCUUCCCAGAACGCAUCAUCGUCGCCUUUCGUGGAACCUAUUCGAUCGCAAACACAAUAGUCGAUCUGUCCGCAUACCAGCAAGAGUACGCCCCAUAUACAGGUGACAAAGAAGGGGAAGGAACGCCAAGAUGCCUGAACUGCACCGUUCAUGCGGGGUUUUUGGCCUCAUGGAACAAUACCCGCUCGGUCGUUCUCAGUUACGUCACAGCGGCGCGGGAGCAGUAUCCGGACUAUGAUGUAGUUCUGGUUGGUCACUCGUUAGGUGGAGCAGUAGCCACACUGGCUGGCCUUGAGAUGCAGUUGAAAGGUUGGAAACCACAAGUGACGACAUUCGGUGAACCCAGAGUUGGCAAUGAGGGAUUUGCCAAGUUCCUCGAUAAAAGCUUCGGGCUCUCUGCUUUACAUCAUAUGCCUGGUGAUGAGCUCAGAUUCCGCCGGGUAACUCACGUCCAAGACCCUAUCCCGCUACUUCCUAUGGAGGAAUGGGGGUACAAGAUGCAUGCUGGCGAAAUAUUCAUUUCCAAGCAGAGUCUUUCCCCUUCCAUCUAUGAUCUCCAACUUUGUGACGGCAACCAAGAUGAAAACUGCAUUUCAGGGUCUGAAUCUCCACUGAGGGAAAUGCUCAAUGAGCUGAGUUAUAUCGACGCCUUUGAAAAAGAACGCCGUCUUUCUGACGACAAUCAUGACGACCCAGGAGAGCAAACCGUGCUCAUGGAUCAGGAACAACUUCGACCAGCAGCGAACUGUCAAAACGAGCCUUUUCAAAUGACCUCAUCACCGUUUAGCCUGUCCUGGAACCCUAUCCCCCCAAGAUACAGGCUCUGGGAACUGUUCUUUGCGCAUCGUGAUUACUUUUGGCGAUUAGGCCUCUGUUUUCCUGGGGGUGAUCCAUCAGUGUUCGAUUUCCCUACCCCUCAGUCGGCUGUGAAUGAACCAUUCUUUGACCAAGUUUGA